AACAAGCAUGGCAUGGUCAGGUCACUCAGGAUCCGAUUUCCAGCAAUUUAAAAAUACAUCUUCUGUUACAAGAGGAAAUAAGUUCCAACAACAGGAGCGGAGUAUAGCAGGAAACAACAACCAAUUCAAUGUUAAACAACAGCAAGUCGGAAACAUUGUGAAAAUUGAAGAUGUCAAUCAGUCUUCAUCAAACAUUAGUGUUGUCGGAGUUAUAAUUGCGAAAGAGUCGCCAAAGUCUAUUAUCUCAAGGAAAAACCCAGGAACAGAGCGCCACCUGGUGAGCUUUGUUAUAAGGGAUUCUCCGAUGGGAUUUGUAUCUGUCACAUGCUGGGGAUCAGAAACAUUUAUAGCAGGGAUAUCAAACUGUUAUCACACUGGUGAUAUUGUUCAACUGUCCAACUUUCAAGUGUUACUGAAACCUACAGAUGGAAGUGAGGAGAAAUUCAGACCUUGUACACCACUGCCAUUUAGCUUUUCCCUGAGUGAGAACUAUUCCACCAUCACAGCUUACACAGGGUAUGAUGUGGAGGAUUAUCAGGCCCUACUUCACCUCCCCACAAAAGCCAGCAAUGAUUACUACAGUCUGGAAGACAUAGUGGCCAAUGGUCAGGCUCUCAAUGGAGAACAUAUUAAUAUUCUGGCCAUUCUUAAAAAGGUUGGUGAGGUGAAGGACAUUACAACAAAAACAGGCAGACAGACUCAGAGAUGUGAGUUGACCCUGAUGGAUGAGGGCUUGUCGAGCUUUCCCUUUGUAAUAUGGGACAAAGAGGCUGCCUCUAUGGCUUCCACAUGGACACCUUACAACACAGUGUUGUAUGUGGCAGAUGCCCGGAUGUCCUUUGACAGCUACAGAUCCUGUAUGGUGGCUACCUCUGAUUCUAAGACAGUCUUUACAGUUAAUCCAGACACCCAGGAGGCUCACAGUCUGUAUCAGUAUGCUCAGAGCUGUGACAUCACAGAGGAACCAGAUGAUACUAAAGCUGAUCCACCCUUGGAGAAGAUAACAGAGAAGUUUAAUGUAUCUGAUGUGAAGAGUGUGAUGUGUGACUUACAGACUCAGUGGAAACCUACUGUGUAUGGUGUUAGCUGUCUUUUCCUGUCCCAGUUCAAUACAGACAAGGAGGACCCUAACUCAGUCAUAACCUAUAGAUGUAAGAAAUGUAAGCAUCCUAUAACAGAGAUGAAUGGCUACAUUUGUUCUAAUGUUGAGUGUUGUAACAGUGCCCUAAACUUGUUUGAUAUCUGUGAGGCCCCCAUGCUUGGAGAAGCUGACAUGGAGUAUAGGAUCCCAGUCUCUCUGUCUGACCACUCAGGUACACUGGAGCUGUGUUACCUGUAUGGCAGUGUGGCAGAACACCUCAUAGGGGUCAAGGUGGAGAAUUACCUCAAGUUAGAUUUGGCAAAUAAGACAAAGAUUAAGUGGAGGUUUCUUUUAGAAAGGUGUAAAGUGUACUUUAAGGUAUACAGAAGCAGUAAGUAUGGAGGAAAGGCUGUUUUACAGAUUAUAUCCUGUUCUUUAGCACACCCUGAGGAUAUCUACAACCUGGCAUAAAUAACAGGUAUCUGACAUCACCUGUAGCUGCAGUAGCUGAUGAGUAGAACAUCAGAAGACUUUACAGAAGCUGUCACUGUGACAUGGUUACAUAGAACACUGGCUGUGAUAUGUUUAACAGAACACUUGCUGUAAUAUGGUGAACAGAGCACAAAUUGUGAUAUUUUGAAGUGGAGGACAGGAUCCAGUAUUUAAGCCUUUUUUCAAUGAGAGUUUACAAAUUAGAGAGUUGUGACACUGUUUUCUUGUUCUGUAUUGGUAACAAGAGAACUGGUCUCAUUGUUUAUAUACAUGUACAUCUCUACAUAUACAGUAUUUAUGGACUGUUUUCACUAUUUUAAUUCAUAUUCUGCUUAAAUGGCUUUUUAUUGCUCAGGAAGCAAUCAAAAUGUAGUUCAACCAGUUCUUUCAUCUGAAUACCUGCAAUAGUCACUUUUUUGUUGGUGUUGUAAUCUAAACCAAAAAAGAGUAGGUAAGAAGCACAGUUUUGCUAUUUCUGUUGAUUCUUUUAUUUGAUAUACUUAUGUGAUCACAAAUUAAAAGAAAACCAGUAUUAAUCUUAACAAAGCAAUUAAAGCAGGAGGCUGUU